UAGGAACUCUCCUGUUUGAGGGAUGUCUUAUUUUACACUCUGACUGUAUGCGCUUGAACACAGUUAUAUGGAGACUCAGACUUCUACCUGAGCUGCUUUUGUAGAAGUGCAAAUAAUAAUAUUGUAGAGUUGUUGCAUCACUGAAAGUGGCCCAAGUCCAAAGCAAGAGUUGGUUGUGUGCUUCAGGCGGUAGGGUUAUGUGCUUGUACCAGAUGGAGACUUUAAAUUUUCAUGAGCAGGUUUAUAAACACAAAGAAUAUCCUAUUAUCAGCCCCCGGGUCUUUUACUAAUAAGCUGCAAAUGCUGAACUUCAAUUAGCAUGGAGUGGAGGUGCAGAUGAAAUGCUAUACAUUCUUACUGAUGAUUAUCCAUCAUGUCAGAAUGAAAUCAAGACAUGAAUAAUGACCUGUUUCAGUUUUUGGGGCUUUGUUUGUUUUUUGGGGUCCCCCCUCCCCCAACACAUGCUUGGUCGCAUAAAUGAGUGAAAAUUGCUAAAAAUAGUUUAGGCCAGAUUCCCUGGUGAUGAAACUCCAUUUCAGCUGAAUGGAGUAUGAAUUUUGAGCCCUGCUCAUCUUUGCAUUGACUUCUGUAAGUGCUGGGUCAAGCCAACACAAGGGUGUGUGACAGCUGUGUUGUUAAGUUUCCGUGGAAAGAUAAAGAGUUUACAAAACUACAUUUUUGCUGUUGCUGAGAGAUGGCCAGAGAGGCCUAAGCUUUGCCACAAUGGUGCUGUGUGUUAUCAGGGAAUCCUGGCUUUUUUGAGGGGUGUAGGUGCAUGGAGAGGGAAAGGGUUUGAUUAGUUUAAUGCUGUCUUUGCCUUUAGCAGCACAUUUGUUGGUCUACGUGGCCUACUCAUGUGCUGUACGCAUGCCCUAGCUGAGAAACUCUUUCUGGACUCUGCAGGCAUCCAGGUACUGGGUUUGUGCCCGAUGAUUUGUAAAUCAUUCAGAAAAUUUGUGCAUUACAACAGCAGUAUCAGCUCUUAAGAGGGUGUUGAGGAAGGAUCUCUGCCUUGACUGAUACCUUUUAGGGAGGAAAUAGAUUGAGUAUAUUUGCAAAGAUGAGUCUUGGCACAUAGUUUGAGAAGGCAUUGGAAAAUUGUCAGGAAGGCAGAGGAAAGGUGCAACUUAGUGGGAUAUAUAUUGGUCCUGGGAAUUCUGCAUCUAACUUUUCAUGUCUUGCCUUAAGAAUGCUUGGUGGAAAACUAAUCCUCUAAGAGGAUAGGGCCUACUGCUGAAAAAUAGAGGUACAUAAAUUUGAAUCAGUAACUGAAAGAAAACUGUUCUCCUAGUAAUAUAGUUGAGUACUCUCUGACUAAUCAAACCCCAAAAUAUACCCCUGAAAUACUUACUGGUCACUUUUUCAGUGGAUUGUGAUUCUGAAUAGAAUAGAGUAGAAUAGAAUAGAAUCAUUUAAGUUGGAAAAGAACUUUAAGAUCAUCGAGUCCAACUGUUAACCUAACACUGCCAAGUGCACCACUAAACUGUGCCCGUAAGUGCCACAUCUACACAUCUUCACAUACCUCCAGCGAUGGUGACUCAACAACUUCCCUGGGAAGCCUGUUCCAGUGCUUGAUAACCCUUUCAGUGAAGAAAUUUUUCCUAAUAUCCAAUCAGAGAUCAUGGGAGAAAGGCAGAACAGCAUUGCAGAGGUUUCCCCUGACACCAUGAAACCAACAGGAUUUUGCUCUUCCCAGAUCAUGUAGGGUCGAGCUGUAUAGCUGGAAGCAGCUGCUGCUCUUUUACAAAAUAUGGCUGUGAGCUGUGUGUAAGAAGUAGCAAGAUGGCAGCAUGGCACAGGGGUUUGCAAAUUUUUGCCACAGGAAUCUGAGCGCAAGUGCCACUUGAUUGAAUUAUCAGACAUGCAUGAGGCUUCAGUUCUAGCUUAACAUAGGCACCAAGGCUUGAGAGAUUAUUGAGGCAAAAUGGACCUGUUCUCUUUGAUUAGCUCUGAUAUGCUACUCUGAUGGUAUAUAUUGAUGUUAAAAGAAGGCUGCUAAGCUUUUCUUUGUACUACAUUGGAAAUGACACAUCGAAAGAGGAGAAGUUCUAUUUAAAAUUGCAGAAUCAGAGCUGAAGUGAAAUUUAAAAGAAAGAUCAAAGGUAGAGAGUAGCAGGAGAAAGAUAGAGGCAAUGUACAGUAUGGCUGCACAGACAUCUUAAUUUCAUUGUAAUGAAUCUCUGACCACUCAGGCAGGGAAAGGGUAGCCCUUUGUGUAUGGGUAGGGAAGGAACAGCCUUCUGCCACUGCACUGAGAUUUCCUUUGAACAUGGUCUCUUACUGAAAUGAAGGACUGCGCUCUGCAUCAUAUUUCACAGAAUUAGAAAAGGCCAAGCUAUUUUCUGACUCCCUUCAUCCUGCUUACAUAACUUGUAGAUGACGGCUGUGCAACCUCUGGCUGAGCCCUGGAAAAUUUUCUUGCUGGUGACUCAGGUAUUUGGCAAACAGGCUAACGUGGCGGGUGUGGAGGUAAGACUGCAGUUAAAGGCACUCUCUGGGUAUCGGAGCCCAAUUCAAGGAGAGAACAAUCUACCUUCUGCAGUUCCUGUGAGCUUUUCUGCUGGAGGCUCUGAGAAAGCAAACGUGAGGUGUUAUCCAAAAGUAGGGCUGUGUGGGCAUACUGAACCUAACAAUGCUGCUCUCUCAUGGAUGUAUGAACAUGAUAGUGCAGAAGAUACAGGUGUCAGGAAAUCUCUUGAUGGCUUCUACAAAAUAUAUUGCAAAAAACGGCCAGACAGAAUGGAUCCCACCUACGAGGCUGCAUCACGAUGUCUGUCGCAGAAGAUUUCAGGGCUAGCAAACCGUGAUGGAACAAAAUAUGCAUUGCGUUGCCUGCAAAUGGCCCAGGUGGUUUUGAACAGAGAUGGGUGUAAGAUCUUUCCAAACCACCCCACUACUGCUCGUUUUUCGAAGCCAGCUGAGGGAGAAGUUGUCUUGGAAGACAGAAAGAGAACACCCGGACUCUCAGAUGACGUCCUUCAAUUCCUCUGGAAACAAACAUGGACAGAACAUAGCCCUCAUGUGCCACAUGAGAAGUGAGCAAGAUGCUGGUUUGUUUCUGUCAUUGGAGGUUGGCUUUCACUCUGAAAAGAGGUGACUUUCUUGGAAAGGCACUGUUCCUCUUAGCACCACCUUCAGCACCACAUACUCCAUGGAGUGGUUCAUCUGGAGCAGGCCUUGCCACCCUGGCCUCUGCAGGGCAGCACCUCAUAAGAAGCAUCUGUGGUCCCCAUGUAACUGCUUGGAAUGUGUUGACUAAUCGGGAUGGGUGAUGGGUGAUACGGUGUCUGUUGCUGGGACAGCAAACAUGAUGAUUUUUACAUACCAGACUUUUAAACUGACCUAUAUCCAUACCCAGCUGAACAGUGGCCCAACCCAAAUUCAGCCCCUGUGUAGGCAUGGAUGUCCAAGUGCUGCUGAGUAUAAGAGACUGCUUGUAUGAGCUUGGCACACUAUGCCCCAGACCUAGGGAGGGAAUUUGAGAUUUUGUUCUGUACCUGACUGAUACUGUAACACCUAUGCCUCCACAGGGGUACCUGAAAGCUGUGUGUGCUUACCUACAGACAUAUGAUCCCACAGAUCAUGAUUGCAAUGCGGGUAAGCUUUUUUGACAGAAAAAGUGUGUGUGUGCAUGACAGAGAGGAAAUACAGCAUCUGAGCAGGUUAUUUUUUUUAGCAGGAGGGAUAAAAAAGAAGGAAAAACUUUAUCACCUUAGUGAUGUUUCUAACACUUCAAAUGCACCAGCUGAGCAGACUGGGGAUUUUUUCCUAUCUAUAUGAGCUAGUUUAAGAGCAACCUGAAAUAGAUUCAUGAGUAAGGGCUGUGCAGAGGUGUCCAUAGGGAAGCUGCAGAGUUGGUGCCAGCUGCCCUGGUAGCUGCCUGCUGUAAGAUGCAGAGUAUCUGGGAGAAGAAGAACUCACAUCUCAGCAUGCCCAAGAUGCUUGAUUGCUUCUGUAGGGGUGAUGCUGCUUUCUCCAGCUCCCUCCCUACCCAUUAGCCCCUGCUGAUUUCUGCUACCAUGAGCCUAGAGUUUGCGUGAGAGGAAGACAAUGCUUGUUGCUUGAGUACACUCUGUUAUCUUUGUUGGUGCUGCUCAAGACCUUGUAAUUAUUUUCCUGGUGUGUUGAUGGAUGGAGGUUGUUGCUCUCCAAUAGGGAUCAUCUGGUGUUAGUUGGCAAGAUCACCACUGGCUGCAGUGGGAACGGGCCCAAUGUACUGGUUGUCCAGUUUAGUAGUGGAGACUUACCGCUUGCCCUAUAAGAACAUAAGAUAAGCACCCACCUUAAGAGGUGACCUGAAGGACUAAUUCCCAGCAGCUGGUUUUGGUCAGUGCCAGCUGGGGAAUUUAAAGCACUCUGUCUGUGAUGCAUCACUAUGAAUUUGGCAGGCUUAGUUCUCCUUUGCUUUUGUGCUCGCAGAAAAUGGGAGUAAAUCCCAAGGAAAACAGUUGCAUGAAGGAUGCAGGACUGGCCUCCCUCUGUCAAACCCUUCAUGGGAAGGGUGCUGCUGUUGCACAAGGUUGCAGUUCAGGCCCCUCUGCUCAGCAUGUGGGAGCCCUUUGAAGUGGUCAACCAGGAGCAAGCAGAGCUUCCAAUCCCUCUCUGGACAGGUUGUCAGUCAUGAAAGCUAUGCUUUACUGACUGCAGUUAUUCUUGUAAAUGUUCUGUUCAUGGCAGAAGUAUCAGGCUAUAAAAGAGACACUUGGGCGGGAGAAGAUAGUUACAUGCUAGCCCUUACCCUGAUUUCCAGGCCCACCCUUUGAUGGGAUUUUUGCUAUGUUUCACACCUUGCUUGGGGUGCUUGCAAGUCAAAGAAACCUGGAAAAAUUCUGAGCUUUGUCUUCUCCAAACUUUUAUUGUUAGAUUUUCAUUAAAAUUUACAAUAGACCUAAUUAUUUUUGGCAGAUUUUAAUAUUUUAUGUGCUUACAGGAGCAGAGCAGAGCUCCGCUGCAUAAAUUAGGCUCCAAAAUCCCAUUGAUUUUUAGUAACAAAACAAGCUAAAUGUUUAGGGGAGUCUGACAGUCUUGUCAAAUAUCUGGUAUUAGGAGCCAAAUCAUGAUAGAGUUUAGAAUACUUGAUCAUUCCUAAUGUGAAAUGAACAGCUCCAUUUCUGGAGAAACACUCAAUUUUAGGAAGUGUUUCACUGGAAUCUUACAGUUCAGUCACUUUUAUUAAGUUAAACAAGACUGCAGCACAGAGAAUAAUACUCAUCACUCCUUUUCCCACUCACUGCUAAUUAAUUUUUUACAAACCUGGCUGGAACCUGCUGUAUGUAUUUUCAAGUCUGCUGAAAGCCAAACCAUUUGUAUUGCUCACUUCCAUAAUAAACAUCUCUCCUUGAUUUCUUCAAGACACGGGGAGAUGAAUGCAUCCCUUCCCUUUGCCAGGUGUUCCAAGCAAGACUCACCAAUUGCUUUGAACAGGCUGUACUUGAAAGAAGCACACUCCUCUUUGGCAUUUUAUGAUGCUAUACAGAAGAAAUAGUAAUAACAAAUAUUACAUCUGGUGAGCAAUAGCACAGGGCACUUAACUUACGUCUGUUUAAAUUUCUUAAGCUGAUUUCCAGUUAUAACUAAGAUGUGUUGCUUCAAAUUAACUGUUAGAUUUUUUUUUCCUCCUAUUUUUGUGGGUUCUUUGCUUUUUUUGUGUUGCUUUUGUGACUUUUUCAGCCUAAUAGAGGAGAAUCUACCUGUGUUCUGGAUCCACUAAACUGCUCUUUCACAGACUAAUUCACCCCCUUCUUGUUUUGGAGUGUUCAGAAAGGUGGAAGCAGCUUUCAAGGAGCAAUCAGCUUAAAAUGUGGAGGGCAGCCAGGAUCCUCUGUCAAACCAGUCCUCAGCAUUCCAGAGUGGGACAGCUGUGUAGCAAUGCCAACGUGCCUCCCACCACUGCAAGCACAACCAUGCGUGCCUUGCCUGCUGCUACCAGUUGUAGAGGCACAAACUUGGUCAGAGCUGCUGCCCACUGCAAACAACAGUGUUCAGCUAGUGAUGGGAGGAGAGAGGAGGACAGACCCCUGGAGGAGUGAGAGCACAGGGAGGAGGAAGAGGGAUUUGGCAGGGGAAACUGCCCCAGGAGCACAGGUGGGUGAUUAGGUGCCUCAAACUGAGCUUUUGGGCAACUGCUGUCCUGGAUGUUGCCCCCCAACCCAGCCGCUCAUCUGGAGACAGGGUAAGGAGGCAACCCUUCCCUGGGAAAGCAGGGCUGUCCCAACAAGGCAGAGUGCUCCCACACUCCUUCCCCUGCUAGUUUAAAUGCAACUUGACAGUGCUUCUGUCCUGUUUCUCUCCCCACCAUCACCCCUCCACCGAGGUCCAGUUCCUUUCUGUCUUUCAUGAUAGUGCUAAUGAGAUCCCUGGAGGAGUUUUAGCUUUAAAAUGAAACAGAUCUCUCUGAGCAUGUAUAGCCUGAUGUCAGUCAGCAACAAAGCAAUGAACCACACACAACCACUUAAGAUCUGGAGGCCUCCUGUCUCCUGGGUCAGUGGCUUCUUUGCUGCUUUACUCCCUCUGCCAGGAAGGUGUGCCUUUGUGCAUGGUUCCCACACACCGGUUUGUCCACUGAAGGUUUGGUUUGCUGUGAUGAUGUUGCUUGCUGACUGGGGGAGCCAUUCAUUCUCCUGUGUGGACAUGUUCAAGGAAGCACAGAGAGCAAGAGGAAGGAAUGUACAGAAGGUGACAGCAUAUGGGUGAAGAAAGAAGAAAGGACAGUUGGGAUCUCAAAGGUCAACAAUGAGGUUCCCAGCUAAUGCGGUUACUCCAGUACAGCCACAUGGCUUGCACCAGUUGUAGCAUUUGUACUUCAGAAUUUCAGUUUGGACAUAGCUUUUACUCUGCCAGCCCAGCUGCUGAGACCUCUCAUCUGUUCCCUUCCUGUGCUGGCCAGAUCACAGCAUGGGUGUUUGUCUCAUGCACAUCAGAUUCCCUGCUGCAGUUUUACAUGGGGCUGCUAUUCCUGCCUUGCUGCCCUGGCAGAUCAGCACAGCAGUCAUGAUCCACUGUUGGGUUGAAGAGUUUGGCAGAGGUUAAACCCCCUUGCUUUCCAACCGACCUCAGAUAAUUCUGGGAGGUUGGGGGUAGCUGGGUUUAACUUCUGAUUGACUCCAAUGUGUUAUCGUGACUAGGUCUUUUUUACAUUCUCGGAAACAGAAUUAAGACUCAAAAUGGAGUCAAGUGCCAAGUCACUUUAUUUGGCCAGAAUAGAUGUAGGAGAGAAAAGCAAAGAAAGAGAGAAAGAAAAGGGUGGAAAAGGGAAUGAGAGGGAGGGAGAGAGUGGGACUGUUGCAAUAGUUAUCACCACGGGUCGGCGGCAGUCUGUCCGGUCUGGGCGGGGAGUCUGGGCAUUUGUUGCAUCUUUGAAGCCAGUGGAGGGGGAGAUGUUCCAGAACGCACACCUGUCGUCUCUGCUGUUUUCCCCUUUUAUAAUGUUGCUCUCUUGCAUAGUCAGUAACUGUUCUGCAUACCCCUGCCUUCCACUCCGUGGUGGGGUGAAUGCCCAGUACUGUCACUAGAAGGUGCUUGAAAGUUCUAGAGGGUCCGAGCCCCCCCCAUAUGUUGCCAGUCAGCCUUGGGCCCAGGCAUAUGUGUGGAGGACGAGUACUCUGAGAUAACAGGGUGCACAUUCCUGCCGGGUCGACCUUGGUGAUUAAACUCUUCCACCCAGCCCCAUAGUGAUCAGGCUUUAGUAGUGAAACUUGUCUGCCAACAAUGUUGAGACAAGUUUCUAGUCCCUGACAGCAGCUGCUGCACUCUGCAAGUGUUUCCAGCAAAGGCAGUGGAAAGGUGGCUGCUGACUUUAUCCAGAGGAAGAAGAGGCACUGCUGGCCUAGCUGGCUGCAAAUUAUGGCCAACAUCUUUGGACUUGGUGCAGUCUCUCUUUGCAAAUAGAUUUAUACUGGGACUGUCUGGGUUGAGGGUGCUGUCCCUGAGUCAUAGUGAAAAUGAUACAUUUGGCUUCUUGGUGGUUCUGCUUGAUGUGUUGCUUGCUUGCUUUUAUGGCAGGGGUGUUGUGCCUGUGCUGGAGGGCACACAAAAUAUUGGAGCAGACCCUCAGCUGCUCCCCCAGCUACUCAAGUUAAUGGUGCUAGGGGGAAAAAAGGUGUUGAGAUGAGGAUCCAGCAUCACCUCCGUUGUAGUAAAUAUAUCUGCAGGUGUUGGUCUGUCAGAAUCCAGGGAAAAGCAUCCUGCAGGCAAAAAUUAUGGAGAAGGGUAAUACAAACUGCUUUAGCAAUAGAUAGAGCUGGAAAAAAUGAACAUGCUCUUGAGUGUGCUAUUAAUAAUUACAGUAAUAGUACUAGCUUCUCCCUGCCAGCCUGCAUUGCUUAACCACCAUGCAUCUGUCACAGCUACGAGGCAUUAGUACUGACAGAUGUAGGGAGCUAUUGCUAAGGUUGUACAGGGAGCAAGGAAUGUCUUCAGUGUGAAUCAGAUGUUGUCAGUUAUAAUUUUUCACCAGCAUUUAUGCUGUUCCACACAGUUAAAUAUGAGUUGCUGUGCAAAACCUUUUAACUGCCAUUUUAAGGGAAAUAACCUCUCAGAAAGAGAGAGCUAGAGAAGUCAGAGGAGUGCAUCUGAAUCCCUUCAGUUGCUGUAUUAGGCUUGGUGAUGAAUUGGUUUGUGCUUUGGGUUAGGUCUAAAACCACCUGGUCUCCUAGUCAGAUACUUAAUAAAAAAGAAAAAAAGCCAAACCCAUACAAUUUCCACAAAGAAAUCUCGGAGCGAAAUAUGAGGUUCCUGUUCUUUAGGAGAGUCCUGCUGCUACUGAUGUUUGAGCAGGUGCUGGGUUUUGAAGGAAGAGAAAAUAAAUUCUAAUGGACUCUAGUCUGACCCUAGAUCAGCCCCAGAGCCAGACAUGGCCUUCUCCACUCAUAACAAACAUGAGGUGUCUGUCUGGAGUUCCUCUUUGGGGCUGUGAGGAGAAAGGGUGCACACAGGGUGCUGCUUCUGGGGCCGGGCAAAACCUGAGCUGCUGUCUUUUUAUCUGCUUUUUGAAUGAAAUUUAGAAAACAUUCAAGGGAAUAGCUGUUCAUUUGUUGUUAAGGGUUUUAAAUGAUGGCAAAAUGAAGCAAUCUUAGUUUGAAAGGUGCGUGUCCACGCAGGAAUUUAAUCUGGGGUCCCACUGUGGGAGGAUCGUGCUGCUUCUCUACACACCAGGGGCCAGAGGCAGCUCUUGAGAGGUCGUGCUUCUGCUUCAGCUCCUCCAGGCUUUUGGAGCUGCGCAGCCACUGCCUUUAACAUCCCAGUUUUCUUCUUAGAAAUUUCUGAUGCAGUAAGAAAAGGUAUGAGAGUACUAAUUACUAUUUAGCCCUUUAGGAAAUGUGAUGCAAGCAGUGACAAAACAGAAUAGGUGGCUGCUAAAAGAGCAUGAAGAUAAGAUACCGGCAGACGAGAACAUGAAACUGUUCGAUUUUAAAGAGCCAUGUAGGCAGCGCAGAAUGGAUGCAGCUGAAAAAUUUGGAUUAUGAUUCAUAUCUACAAAUCCUGGCUGGCAUCUUGCAGAGGACAUGGUAAGCUCUGUGCUACCGAAACAUGCACUUUGAAAAGUUUGCAACCCUCAUGAUCAGGAGUGCCUGUAGUUCUUCUGUGCACUGCUCACUUCCAGGUACAAUAUUCAGCUCAUGUCAAUAAGCCUGUCAAAAUAGAUGUGUGUCUCAUGCUGAGACAGAAAGGGAAAGACGGAGUCCCUUGGAAUAAACAUCUCUGAAGCAGAUGAUAAAUUUGAUGCGGGUUUUGUCUAGAGGAGAGGGGGUUUUUUCUUAACUGUAUUUCAUUCUUUGGAGUAUGAGUCUGAUUCCUGUGUCCAUGCUGAUUUGCACGGUAGGUGACUGAGAGGCUAAAUUUUGAGGAAGGGUGAAUUACCUACAGGAGAAAGGACAGGGGAUGACUCUCAGUUCAGCACUUGUUUAGGUGGGUGAUAGUCUGGCAUCCUGAUUGGCGGAUGGAAACAGUUGGCCAAAGUUAUUCUCUUUGCAUGGUUGGAAAUUCUACUGCAAAGCACUUUUAGGUUUGCUGCCUUCAUAGACAGGGUCCCCACAGUUGUUGCAAAAUGAAGGAGAGGAAAUCUGUGGCCUUUGUUAAUAAAACCAGAAAUUAUGUGCUUGGGGCACCUUCUUAGAAAACAAAUGAAAGUUCAUGAAGCUUGAAAUUCCAUCUUGGGAUGGGAGAGAAUCUAUAUUUAGGAUAUAGAAGUUCAUAUAGGAAGUUCAGAUAGUUGUUGCCGUUACAUAUAGAAAGUCCUUGCACUGUGGUUAUUUUUCACCUCUUCUGGAGUCAAAGACAUGAACCAACCCAUGCUCUUACUCGAAAGGACCAAUGCUUUUGAAGUGACCUAACUGUCUCUCUGUCCUAUCCCUACAUAUAGAAAAGGAUGAACACUCCCAUGCAAAUGUUCCUGCCCUUAGGCAUGUUUGGUCCCAAUGUUCAUGUCCCAGCUUUGCUGCUGCCAUGACCCCUGAUAACACUGAUGAGUUUACACUAUCUGGGUAUCUGUUGCUAUGUGAAAUAUCUGCCUUUUCCUGUCAUGUUGCUAUUGCCUGAAUUUCAAGUAUUUCAAGAGUUUUCAACCCUGUUGCUUUUUGAGGGUUUUCUUUGCCUUCCAUGACUGGAAGAAGCCACAGAAGCAGUCAGAGGCUCAUUAGUUUUGGUCUAACUCUGCUUAGCAGCCGUUGGAAGGACUGAAGUAGUGGCCUGGAUGUAUGGCCAUCCAUGGGUGGAUAGAUGAUGUCUCUUUCCAGGUAAAGAACAUUAUUUUUUCUGGCUGUUUCAAUACCAAGAGUGGCAUGAGGCCCUCAUGGAAAUGUCCCACGUUCUGUACAUUUCUCCCCAGCCUGUGCAAUAACCUCAGAGAAACUGUGUUUCCUUUUGAAGGGCUGAAGUGCUUUCCUCUCUGCCUGGCUUGCACUUGACUUGGCUUUGAUGCUUGCAUGGUUUCAGCACUUGCUGAAGCGCAAAUCAUCUUCUUCUCAGAAGCCCUUUGCUGUUGGUUUCUCUCCAUUCACUUUGUUUGCUUCUGUGACCCACCCCAUCAUUUUAUUUUUUCUCCACUACAUUAUUUAAGGCAGGAAAUAAACUGUUUCCCUGGAGGCAAGGAACCAGGCAAUGCUGGA